AUGUCGAUGAACCAUCUGUCAGUCGAGCAUGCCAACAUCAGGGUCACAGUUAUUACCAGUGACUCUCGCGACAAUUCGCUGAAUCAACGGUCAACGUCCUCCCCUGUCGUCCACAAAAGUGCGGGAAAGAGUUUGACUCCCGUCUACCAGCGGAAAAGCGUUAAAUAUCUGGACGUCAAAGUCGAAUACUUCACUUUGAACCAACCGCGGGAAAUAUGCGAGGGUUACGGCGGUGGAGAAGCUUCUCACGGGGCGUCUUCUACCGCAAGAUCAAGGAGAUCGUCAUCAAGUUCACAAGAGAUACGCGUCAAAGGAAAAGCGCCAUCUAGUGACACAAAUGUUGACGGCAGGUCAGAACACCGCUCCUCAUCAGCUCAAGACAACUCCGGGGAUGAACGACGGAGCACGGAAGAAACAGCUCAACUCUGGACAUCUACAAGAAAAUCUGACUCGAAAAGCCACAAGAAAUCAAGUAAGCGUUCAAGGAAGUCUUCAACGUCUGCAGGUGUUGUGCCAGACAAGUUAGGCAGUUCUGCAGUGUGUAACGUCACACGUGUGACUCCUGAUUCGAAUUCAAGGCCAGUAUCAACUUUUUCACUGGUUCUGCUGCCCUUCAAACCACCAGAGAUUCCUGGGGAAACUGUUGUACAAGGUAGAAAUACGGAACUUAAAAGCUCAGAACCGAAGAGGCCCUCCUCAUCUGGAGUCCCACAAGUCAACCGAACUUCCGAAAAGCAGCCGCCACCCAAAGUCCUGCACAGAGCACCAUGGGUCGCAUGGGGGCGCUGGCACGAGGCCGUGGAAGACGAAAGAAGAUCGGAAGUCCUGUCUAGUCUUAUGUACAAAUAUAAUAAGACUAUCCCUUUCCCCCUAUUGCCACUCACUCGACCGCUAGUUAAGGGUUCCUCACUGAAUAAGAUGUGA